AGACACACACUGACUGGUCUUACCAAUGGAAGGACCUAUACCAUAUCAAUUGUAGCCACAUCAUCAACAGGCCUAGUCAAUGAAAGUGCUGCUACUACCACUGUUCGCUUGGUUCCAUCUGCUCUAGUUCUGCAAACAUCUCCAACAGCUACAGACACUACCAUCACUAUCACUAGUAGUGUUCCCACUGGCUCAGUGGUGACUGGCUUUGUGGUCCAUUGGCUGAGAGACACUUCAGUUGGAUGUUCCGAUAGGAAUCAGUCAAGUUUUACUGUGAAUCAAGGUUUUAGUGGUUCAUACAGAAUAACUGGACUAGAACCAGGGAAUAGGUACACCAUUACUGUGACAGUCUUCAAUGCAGCUGGCAGUGCUCCAGUCAGUAAUGCUGUAACUGCAACAACUAUGCAGACAAAUCCUACACGAGGUCCCAGCUCAGUCAGAAGUGGUACAGUCACUGCCAGUAGUAUAACUGUCCAUUGGGGAGAGGUGUCUUGUCUUGACCGUAAUGGAGAGAUAACUGGUUACAGAGCACAGGCUGUGAGAAAUGGAAUGGUAGAAGGAACUGCUAGUGUUGGUGGCAGUGCUAGACAGGCUACAAUCUCUGGAUUGUCUCCAUCAACCCUGUACACUGUCCAAGUGGCAGCAGUGAAUGGUGCUGGAACUGGACUGUACAGUGGUGUAUCUGUCGGGACUGGUGGUAAGUUGGGGAGGACUAAAUAAGGCGAAAUUUUAUGUGUGGAAAUAGUGACGCGAGUCUCAAUGAUCAGUGAGGGAGGAGAAUGUUUUGACAGUGUAGGCAAAAAGCCAUUCCUAAGGGUCUACUAACUGCUGAGACGUGAAGGCAUGCAUGGAGCCGUGUAGACAACAUCAAUGCAAAACUUAAAACAACUGACUGUAUACCUGUGAAUAUAGGGACAGGUGUACUCUGCCUUAGCCGAAAUCCAGGGUAAAUUUUUUUCUCAACAGAUGGACUUAGUACACAAGUUACCUCCCCAUCCUCUACAUCUCUGAACAUCUCAUGGACACUGG